AUGGGUUCUUGCGUGUCGACCACGAGGCGGCGGCGGAGGUCCUCCAGGAAGCUGUCGGCCACGGCGACCAAGUUCCGCCGCAAGGUGUCCGCCGCGAUCGCCGGCGACGCGGCCGGCCGCUUCGCCGCGCGCCACGGGGUCGUCCGCGUCGACGGCGCGCCGCCGGCCUCGGGCGUCACGCUCCACCUCACGCAGCUGCAGUGGCAGCACAGCCAGAUGGACGCAGGGAAUGUGAUCUGCGACGAGGCGUGGUACGACUCCGUCAGCAUGCUGGGGGACUCGGCCGGCUCCGACGACGACGACAACGAUUACUCCAGCGUCAGUGGAGGUAUGGCGCUCGCCCCCAUCUUUCCUGCCCUGCAGUGCAGUAAGUUCCAGGCCGCCGGCGGCACGAGCGCGUCGCCGUGCAAGGACGCGGCGUGCCUGGCGGACGCCGUGCAGCGCCUCCGGAGCAUCGCGGACGCGGAGGCGUGCCAGGGCGACCCCCCGGGGAAAAGCGAGGACCCCGACGCUGCUCCUGCUCCUGGUCAUGCCGCUGCCGGUGGCCUGAAAGAACCGCAGAGCGCGGCGUCCUGCUCGCCUCGGCCUCUCCCGGGCUCCGUCCCGAGCCACAAGGUGCAGCCGAUGCCGGUCGCCGGGUUCAGCCCGCACCACCAGAGGAAGAAAUCGGCCGUCGUCAGGCUCUCCUUCCGGAGGAGGUCGUACGAGGGCGAUGAGAUGACCGAAAUGACUGGCUCGGCCAAGUACCUGUACCGGCCGAGAGCGGGCCUGACGCUGCCGUGUGCGGCCGGCGAGAAGCCGUCGGAGGGCUGCUGGUCGGUCCUCGAGCCGUCGGUGUUCAGGGUCAGAGGGGAGGGUUUCUUCAGAGACAAGAGGAAAUCCCCAGCCCCAAACUGCUCCCCCUACACCCCGAUCGGAGCUGACAUGUUUGCCUGCCCAAGGAAGGUGCACCACAUUGCGCAGCACAUCGCGCUCCCGUCGUUCAAGCCCCACGACUCCUUCCCUUCGCUCCUCAUUGUCAACAUUCAGUUGCCUACCUACCCUACUACCAUGUUCGGCGAGAACGACGGCGACGGGGUUAGCCUGGUCCUGUAUUUCAAGAUAUCCGAUAGCUUCGACAAGGAGAUCUCUCCUCAGCUCAAGGACAGCAUCAAGAGUGUUAUGAACGAGGAAAUGGAGAAGGUCAAGGGGUUCCCGGUGGACAGCAACGUGCCCUACACAGAGAGGCUGAAAAUCCUGGCCGGCAUUGUAAACCCUGAAGACCUGCAGCUCAGCGCGGCCGAGAGGAGGCUUGUGCAGACCUACAACCAGAAGCCCGUGCUGUCUAGGCCCCAGCACAAAUUCUACAAGGGCUCGAACUACUUCGAGAUCGACAUCGACGUGCACCGGUUCAGCUACAUAUCGCGGAAGGGCCUCGAGACCUUCCGAGAGCGGCUGAAACAUGGUGUCAUCGAUCUUGGGCUGACCAUUCAGGCACAGAAGGCUGAGGAGCUACCUGAGCAUGUGUUGUGCUGCAUGAGGCUGAACAAGUUGGAUUUUGCGGACAACGGGCAAAUACCGACGCUCAUAACCUCCAGCGAUGAAUGA